CUUUCCACAAAUAAUGGCUGCUUCUAUAGCUCUCCUUUGCUUCCUCCUCAUCCUCAACCAAAGCUCCUCUCUUGUCAGUGCCUCCGUCCAGCAGACAUGCAAGACUGUGGCAGAAAGAAGCCCUAACAUCAACUACAACUUCUGUGUCGCAUCUCUCAGUGCUGAUCCCAAAAGCGGCUCGGCUGACACCCAGGGUCUGGCUGUCAUCGCCACUAAGUUGGCCAAGGCCAAGGCCACGACUACCCAGUCGACGAUCUCCAAUCUAUUGAAGAAGACAAGGGACAAAGCUACCAAGGAAUGCCUGAGUGAUUGUUCAACUAUGUAUUCUGACUUGGUCGAUACGUUGAAAGACACCGUUCGUGCCAUCACAUCCAAACGCUACUCUGACGCGAAGACUUAUCUUAGUGCGGCCCUGGAUGUGGGUGAUGACUGUGAGCAUGAAUUUGCAGAGUUGAAAGUCAAGUCACCAUUGACCAAAGAGAAUAACGAUUCCCGAGAGCUCUCCACUCUUGCUCUGGUCAUCACCAAACUUCUAGGAUGAUUGAUAUUGCUUGCUUUCCCAAUUUACAUGGUUUUCUUCUUUUUUUUUUCUCCUUUUCUUUUCAAGUCCUCCAGCUGAGGGAACUCAAAUGCUGUAGAAGGCCAAAGAAAUAAUCAAUGAGAAUGACAAAUUUCAUGUGAAAAAUU